UGCGCGGUUUGUCGCCCAUGCGAUGUAAGGAUAUGCCCCGCGUGUACAGAUGACAACCGGCCUCCGGCUGUCUCAGCUCCCGGGGUAGGCAUUGUUGCGGGAGAUAUUGAUAAAGCAACUGACGAGGUCACACUCACCGAGGUCAGAGAUGAGAAAGAUAGAAUUUGCGAUGGAAAUUAUUGUAAAAUACACAAGGGCCAUCAUGUAACAUUUGAGCUCACUUUUAAGCCA